AGCAUGCAGCAGUUAUUCGAGAAGAAGCGACGACGACGUGAAUCACACAACGCAGUGGAACGACGACGGAGGGACAAUAUAAAUGAGCGAAUCACCGAACUUGCAACACUGCUACCCGAUCGAGAUGCAUCCAAGGCCAACAAGGGCACCAUCUUACGUAAGAGUGUCGAUCACAUCCGCGCUUUACAUGAACGACUGGGCGAUUAUCAGCAACGGAUUCAGGAAUUGGAGUCUCUCUUGACAAUGUAUCGAGUGCGU